UUAAGUAUCUGGUAAAUAUAAUGGAUAAUCUGUGGUAUGCAUGUAGGAGUCUACAAUCUCACUAUGUCAGUAUUAGAAAACACCCGAUUCGACUACAAUCACCCCAUUAAAAGGUAUACAAGUAUGGGCUAAGAAUCCGAGCUGGAAAUUAAUGGGAGAGACGUAUAAUGCUCUGCCCAGCAGACUGUCGACCACUUGAGUUCAUGUUGUCAUGUUGCGUCACGCGGUUGCUAAAUUAGCAAAUUGUCACGCAAUCCCUUCUUAAUAAAAGUCAGGGUAUGAGUCGAGAAACCAGACUAUUUCCUUGAAGUACGGUAUGUCACGAGUUGAAAGCUAUACGAUACUAUAGAGAACAAGUUAAUUAUCUCACAUCUCUGAAAAUAAUUGUAAUGUUGUACUUCAUGCUAAUGUUGGGUUUUUGAGCUAUCGACUUCUUGAGGGAGUGUUCUUGUCCAGAAUCGCCCAGAAUGCAUCGCGCGACCCAUGGAAGAUAAUUGGGGAACGUACACGAUGGAGUUCUUUGGCUGUUUGAAAGUUCAUUCAUUUCUGGCGUGCACGAUGCAGUACUAGAACGUAAACCUAAAUAAAUUAGUUUCGUAGUCCGUGGUUUCUCGAAUAGCUAGCUAAGUUAUUACAUUUAUUGUACAAAUAAUUAUUUGUAUUGCAAACACUAGCCUGAGUGAAUCAGAGUUGCCUGGAUGAAAAGUAUAGUAAAUGCCAAUAUGAUAAAGGAAAACGGAUGGAACAUACCUCCAAAUGCCCCCGCGUGUAUGGAGAAGCAUUUGGAGUCGGCGCAGUACAGGGGAGAUGGCACCCUGUUGUUGGGGGCCUCCAGUCUGACAGGCAGGUGCUGGCAGGGCUCCAUCUGGAUCUACUGUGAUCCCAAGCAGUCUCCCAACGAGGGCUUCUGUAAGGCUGGUGUCCAGACAGAGGCAGGCAUCACAGAUGUAAAGUGGGUUUCAGAGAGGGGUGUCCUAGUUGCAUCUGACUCUGGUGCUGUUGAGCUGUGGGAGCUAUCAGAGGAUGAGAGUCUGCUGGAGAAACGGUUCGCCAAACUCGAGCAUGAUCACAUCGUUACCAGCGUGAGCCCUGCUGGGUCAAGCCAUGCCAUCAGCGGCAGUAUGGACAACCGAAUCAAAGUCUGGGACCUUAUUCAGGGUGAAGUGGUCAGCACAUAUAAUGCUCACUCGAAGCCAGUCACUUGUGUGUCCUGCAAUCCAUCCGAUGACUCCCUCUUCCUCUCAUGUGGCCAGGAUGGUCGUUUGUUGCUUUGGGACAGGAGGAAACCCACCAAACCAGCCUCUAGAUUAGUCUCAGACGUAGAGCCCAGCUGUUGUCCUACAUCAGUAGCCUGGCAUCCCCACCACAGGACCACAAUCGCCUACGGUGACGAGCUGGGACGAGUGACACUGAAGGACUUUCAGGGAGCAGAGCCUGGCCAGACACAGAGCACCCACAGCCGCAGGGUCUCCGGCCUAGCCUUCUCAUCACACAGUGCCCCCUUGCUUGCCUCAAUCAGUGAUGACUGUACUGUUGCUGUGAUGAACUCUGCGCUUAAGGAAACGUUGAGAGACAAGAGGCACCAGGACUUUGUUCGGGGUGUCUGCUGGGCCCCUGGCGGUUCUGACACACUGACCACUGUGGGCUGGGACCACCAGGUCCUCCACCACGUCACGGGACAGGAUGGACCCGCCACUGGAUACUCCACGUCCCCACUGUAGACCCACCGCCCAGCCUGGGUCAGGAGAUGGG